UAAUAUUAGCAGUUCGUUUUAGCUUUUCAAUGACUUACAAUGCCCUGGCUCUGGUGACGGGUUUAAUUAUAGGAAUACGAUGGACGGAAUAUGGACAAUAUAGUUCUUCUAAACUUAUUGAAAAAACUCAACAAAAUAUAUUUUAUCCUCAAGACUUAUCAACGAGUCUUUUUAAUGAGACCCGAGUUUUGUGUUUGGUGUUGAAAGAUCCUUCCGAUUUUGGAAGAAAACAAGCCAAGGUGAGAGCUUCUUGGGGCAGGCAAUGCAAUAAACUUUUAUUUUUAAAUAAAAAGGACAAUGAUACCUUUUCUAUAGUCAAAAAAGGCAUGGGACAUGUCUUUGAGAAGUAUAUUAAUAAUUAUGAUUGGUUUUUAAGAGCAGAUACAAACACGUUUGUGAUCAUGGAGAAUUUGAGAAGGUUUUUAUACCAAUACGAUGCAGAAUCACCUCUUUACUUUGGCCAUCGUCUAAAGUCAGACUUUAAAGAGGGCUAUAUGUCCGGAGAUGCUGGUUAUGUUUUAAGCAAAGGUGCUUUACGACUUCUAAACUUGAUUGCUUUUCAAAAUAAUACAAUUUGUGGAUUAAAUUUAAACUCGUCAUUGAUGCCUGAGGACAAACAGAUUGCUCUGUGCCUCAAAAAUGUAAGAGUAAUUGCAGGAGAUUCCAGAGAUGAAAAAGGUCAAGAGAGAUUUUUGCCAAUGAUGCCCCAUUGGAUGGGACCUGGCUUUAAGCGAUGGAAAAAUUAUUCAAAAUCUGUUUACUUUAAGCCUGCGAGACGUGCGUGCUGCUCCAGUUCCCUGAUCACAUUUCACCCGGCCAAUGGAUAUGUCUUUGACCUCUGGGAGUUCUUCCUGCACCGCGUCAGGAUAUUUGGAUGCCCCCAGAUGGCCCCCCAAAAGUUGCCCCCACGCCUUAGCUUUGGAGAGAUGCAUGCCCAGCUGGGAUAUUGGUCCCAGGUCGUGUCCGAUAACCAUGGCUGACUUAAUGUAAUUGCUUCACCUUGAUAUAGUAUGAAUAAAUCAGGAACCAGA